GCCGUUGCCCGGCCGAUGCUGCCUAAACCGGAAAUGUGUUUUCCUACUCUUUUUUUCUGCCGCGCCCCUCAGUCAUGCAACAACCACAUUCCUGGAACAAAAUUUAAGUCUGCAAGCAGUACCGACCCAUUUCUCAUCUGUCCUUCCCACACGCAACAACUCGCAAUCACAAGAAAAAAAAACAGCUCCCUCUCCCAUCUUGCUUCGCACGAGACAGCAAACUCUAGGCCGACUCUGGCAUCCUCGCCCAUACAUACAUCCAACAACAAUGUCUUCCUCUACCGUGCUCGCCGCUCGAGACGUCAACACGUCGAUGCCUGCUCAAGGAAACGCCGCUUUCGAGAUCGACGCAAACACCAAGCCCAACAUCAUGAGCAUGGAGCACCACCGCCAGGUCUUCCAGUCCAAGAUGGAGCAGGGGGGCGAGUACGUGACGACGACAAGCUCGCCGCAGACGAUCACCUAGCGCUGACAUCUGCUUUUUUUUUUUUUUU